AUGGCCGGCCUUGUAUUCGUAUCCACCGCCAACAGCGUGAUGUGUACUGUCAUAUCAUUCUUUGGAAUCUUCUUUUUGCUUGUACUUGGAACUCUCUUCUCCAAUAGUGACCCAAUACUGACUGGUGGUCAUGGAGCUCCAAAAGAUCCUCAAGCAUUGGGCGGCGCGUGUUUUGGAGCUGCUGGCAUUUUCGCUGUUCUUUUUCUGUUUUGCUAUUGUCAAGCAUACCUGGCUCAACGGCAGGAAAGAGCUGAACGCGCUUAUGGUGCGCUAUAA